GGAGGAGGAAGGCGGCGGCGGCCCAGGCCUGCGGAGCGCAGGCGGCCCAGAUUUUGAGCGCGUCCUGGACUCCGGGACGCCGCGGACGGAGCUGCCGGGAGCCCGGGCGUGCUGCAGUUUGCUGCCCCUCUCCGCAGGGGCGCCGCGGUGCGCAGCCCGCCUAUCUUCCCACCUGGGUUCCUUCUUCCCAUCGCUGCCGGGCGGAAAAAACGCGCGUUCUUGGCCUCCGCAGGUCCUUGCGUCCCCUCUCCCCACUCCACCCCUUCCCCGCAGUCCUCCCGCGCUUCCCCUCCCCCGGCCCUGGGGCCUCUCAUUCAUUCAGUCUGCUCCUUCCCUUUCCUCCUUCCUGCUUGGGCCCUCUCCCCAAGAGCCUCCCCGCGCGGACCCCGUUGCGGUCUCGGGGUUCUUAGUACAUUCAUGGAAGUUUAGGGCCUGGACGGUGCCCGCAAGUCCUGCCGGAGAGCGCAGCCCGAGCUGCCGUCUGGGAAGAAGAAGAUGUCGGUGCUCAGGCGGAUAAUGCGGGUCUCCAAUCGCUCCCUCCUCGCCUUCAUCUUCUUCUUCUCCCUGUCUUCAUCUUGUCUCUACUUCAUCUAUGUGGCUCCGGGCAUCGCCAACACAUAUCUCUUUAUGGUACAAGCUCGAGGAAUGAUGUUGAGAGAAAAUGUGAAAACAAUAGGACAUAUGAUCAGGCUUUACACAAAUAAAAACACUACACUCAACGGUACAGAUUAUCCUGAAGGCAGUAAUUCAAGUGAUUAUCUUGUUCAAACAACAACAUAUCUUCCGGAAAACUUCACAUAUUCACCAUACCUCCCCUGCCCAGAAAAACUGCCUUACAUGCGAGGAUUCCUCAAUGUCAAUGUAAGUGAAGUCAGUUUUGAUGAAAUUCAUCAACUCUUCUCCAAGGAUUUAGAUAUUGAGCCAGGGGGUCACUGGAGACCUAAAGACUGUAAACCCAGAUGGAAGGUGGCAGUUCUCAUUCCUUUCCGUAAUCGCCAUGAACAUCUUCCAAUUUUUUUCUUGCAUCUGAUUCCAAUGCUCCAGAAACAGCGGCUGGAAUUCGCCUUUUAUGUUAUUGAACAGACCGGCACACAGCCGUUUAACCGUGCAAUGCUCUUCAACGUGGGCUUCAAAGAGGCCAUGAAGGACAGUUUGUGGGACUGUGUAAUCUUCCACGAUGUGGAUCACCUACCUGAAAACGACCGAAACUAUUACGGAUGUGGGGAAAUGCCACGUCAUUUUGCAGCAAAGCUGGAUAAAUACAUGUAUAUUCUUCCCUAUAAAGAGUUUUUUGGUGGUGUCAGUGGACUGACAGUGGAGCAGUUUAGAAAGAUCAACGGUUUUCCUAAUGCCUUCUGGGGAUGGGGAGGAGAAGACGAUGACCUUUGGAAUAGAGUUCACUAUGCUGGAUAUAAUGUAACAAGACCAGAGGGAGACUUGGGGAAAUACAAAUCUAUUCCUCAUCAUCAUCGAGGAGAAGUCCAGUUUUUAGGACGGUAUAAAUUGCUACGGUAUUCAAAAGAGCGCCAGUACAUUGAUGGGUUGAACAAUUUAAUAUACAUGCCAAAAGUACUGGUUGAUAGGUUGUAUACAAAUAUAUCUGUAAACCUCAUGCCAGAGUUAGCUCCGAUUGAAGACUAUUAAAGAAGUCGCUCUAAUGGCAAGGUAGACCGCAAUGCUGGAUCCUAAACUUAGAAUGCACUCUUAAUAGAGGCCAGUGAAUGGAUGUGUCACGGUGCCCAGUUCUGUAGAAGAGCCAGCCGCCCUCAGCGAUCAGUGAGUGGGAUCAUGUUCGGCCAGCCCGCGCCUGCUGCCCUCUGCUCUGGGACACACCCCUAUGGCCAGUGCCACAGCGGCCGGAUGCCAUGGGAGUUAGGAGCUCCCUGCAAAGAAAAGAUUUUUAUACUGAAAUCUAUAAUUUAAUUCAAGAGAAUGCUUUAUUUCUGGUUAAACAUAUUUUGUACAUAUGUGAUGUAAAUUAAUGUGUUUAAAUUGUUGAAAAAUAAGAUGUGUUACAGUUUUGCAUGUAAUUGGUUAUGCCAUUAUUGGACUUUUAUAGACAUUUUUUUAUUUGCAUGGGAAAAAAACCAAUGUAAAUUUAUGUCACUGAAAAAAAAGGUUAACCCUUGUGUGAAAUGAAGGAACUGUCAAUAAUUGACAGCCAACUAAUACAGUAAACUGUUACACUAGUUUUGAGCUUUAGACUUUCAGCCUUCUGUGUGAAAGAAGUCACAGCUUUCUUAGGGUCAUAAAGGGUAGAAAAAACAGCUUAAACAGCUUUUUUUUUCCCACCAGGAUUAUCUAUAAUUUUCCUUGCUUGCAAUCUCAUCAGAUUUUGCUAAAUCACAACCAUGAUGUUUAUGCAUAUUGCAUGAGUAUUACCAAGAAAAUCUUAAAAGUUGUGACGUGACAAGAUAUAAAGGACCUCUUCAUGUUAAAUGUCUUUCAUGUACCUCUGGUGUGUCAGGGAUUUUGUGCCUCAAAAAAUGUCCCUAACGUUGUAUGUAUUUGUACAUUGUCUUUUUUUUGUUUGUUUUAGUUAAUAGUGAACAGCACUUUUAUUAUUUUGAGUUCAGAAGAGCCAAAAAAUUUUUUUAUUUAAAAAAAUAUCAAAACAAUUUUUUAGAAGAAUGAGUUAUAUGGAAAACCCAAUAGUACUUAUAAUAUACAAAUAAAUUAUACUAUUAGAUAAAAAAUUAAAUGUUCUAUUUUUAUGAAGAUAAAUGCUUAGUAGAUAAAAGUAAAUUUUAAGUUCAGUUCUCAGACUCACAGAAUAUCAAGUUUAGAGGGGAUUCUUUUUAAUGUUGGCCAAUUUCCUUCAAACUAUUUUUUCAUUUUUAAGUAAUUAUAUUUCCAGUGAUAAUUAUUAAAAUUUCCUCACUAAAAACAUAAUUUAAUAAAAGUAUAUUAUAAUACAUAAUCAGUUAUUUAAAUACAUUGAUAUUAUAAUGCCCUUCUCAGAAAACAAGUCUUACUACCUGACAUCGAGUACAUUACUUUAUCUUAAAUUUGGAUGAAGUUUUUAUGGCAAAACCGAACAAUAUUUUUACUUUAAAAAUCAUCAAUUAUUGUUAACCAAAGAUUCUUUAAAAUAUCUUAGGUAUUUUCACAAAUUUAAAACAAAAUUGUUUAUCUAUAUAGUGAAUCUUGAGUAACAAUGAAGAACAAUAAAAGGCUGUAUUUGAGAGAUGUUUGGAUAACAUUUGCCUCAUGGAUUGUUCACCUAAAACAGAAAUACGGUUAUUUAUUUCAGGUUGUAAGUUUAAUUUUUGAAGUUGGCAUUUUCUAUGACAACAUUGGUAACGCAAAUGACCACACACCAAAUCACAAAAUGUUUCAAAUUCUCGUACUUUGAGAAAACUGAUAGCUUUCUGUUAUAAUACCAAACAGAAUUUUUCCACUUUUUUCCUUAGAAAUAUUUCCAAAAUAUUUAUCCCUAAUAUUUUUUGCUUAUACUGAAAAUAAUGAAAAAUCAAACCUUCUGAAAAGUAAAUUUGUUCUUAAUUUGUCUUUGUUCAUUUUCUGUCUCUCAUAGUCAGUGUAGUUUUCUAAUUCAGUGUAAUGAAAGAAAGUAAAUUGGGAAAGUUACCAUUUGUUGUUUGCUAAUAAGAUAGUAGGGGCAUAGGAGCAUAAUUCAUUCAUGAAAUAAUUAAGUAUUUUAGUUGUGGGGAAAAUCAGGGCUGUCUCAGAGUUUUAUUAGGAAAACAUACUUUUUUUAAUAUGUAGACCUCCCCACAUAUUGGAAUCUUUUCAUUUGAUAUACCUUGUACGAUUUUAAGAGAACUCAAUCCUACUAGUAUCUGCCUUUUUUGGGGGGGGGGGGAUUAAAAAUCUAAUAGUAAUUUUUGUUUUAGGUGUGGGCCAUGAAUAUUUUGCUUUUUUCAGUUUUUACUAUUCUAUGUCAUUCUGUGAAAAUCAUCAUAUUAGUUUGUUUUUUGUUUUUUUGUCUUUUGUUUUUAACUGCAAACUUAAAAUUGAUUUUUGCCGAUAGUGACUUACAUGUUUCAAUAAAUGUGACAGUUUUGCCCAAUUAUAUUUAUUGCGUGAUAAUAAAUCUAUUUCAUAAAAACUAACAAAUAUAUGGCAAAUUCAGACUAUCUCUUUUUUGAUAGUUUUGUUUAGUGGGUAUAUUAGUGAACAUGUAUUCUUGCCUACUCUAUCAGGUGUGAUGCUAGAUAUGUCUAUGGAGAAAGUAUUACUUCAUUUCCAAACAAAUCAAGUCAAGCAAGUGGAAACCCUUCUAAAAUUAUGAAGUCAUCUUCUGAUAACUUAUUCAUUGUAUUUCUUAGUCUCAAAAUCAAGAAACAUAUAUAUGUGGAUAUGAAGCUAUUACAAAGCCCCUUAGGCACUACUGGGAAAGUUAUAUGGUGCCUUUCAGUUAGAGAAAGUAAUAAUGAUUAAUGGACCUAUUUGUAGAAAAAGGAAAAGUGUUCAUAUUUGCAGUAACAUUAUGUCUAAACUGUGGUGCGAGAUAGUCAUUUAAACCUUCGCAAAAAACCUAGGGUUUAAGGAAUAUUUUUUUAAAUCUAAAUUUAAAUUUGUUUCUACUUUGUGAAAAGGUAUUCAGUAAGAAAACAUUGCUUACAAUAUUAUGUAAGUACAAAAUUACAUAUUAAAAACUUGUUUAUACUUCUUUCCCAGCCAAGAGAUUGCUAUCCACUUUAAAACAGAAUGGAAAACUAUGUAAAACAAUAUUCUCCCUCUUUUGGAGGCUCCCUAUGAGUAAAGGCAUUUUAUGUCAUUUUAUUUGGCAUUUGCUUGUCUUUGCUCUAUUUCUUCAUGUAUUUUCUUUUUAGACAAACAUUAGCACUCUAGAUUUAUUGCCUUGUAUUUGCAAGUAUGCCAAUGAAAGAACUAAAAUGGCCACAGUGGUGUUUAUCAGAAAGAGGGAGUGUACUUCAGAUGAGUGUAUUAAGAUCUGAAAUGCUUUUACAUAAAUGCACUGAAAUAAAUGCUAGUAAUUUCUCGUAUUAUCAUUUUUUUUU